AUGGAGGAGGCUCGUGCGCAUUUUGAGCACCUGAAUACCACGCAGCGCUGGUGCGGAGCACAGGGCAGUGGGGUUCUUGUGCAAGAGUUCCUUGAUGGAACGGAGUUCGUCGUGGACCAGGUGUCGCGUGAUGGGGUACAUAAGACCACCAUGAUCUGGAUGUACGAUGUCCAAGAAGUCAAUGGGAGCUAUGUUUGCACGGGGCAACGACCAGUUGCCAGUAACACUCCCACGGCAGAAAGCUUGGUGACCUACACACGCAACUGCUUGGACGCCCUGGGCAUCCGGAAUGGCGCCAGCCAUAGCGAAGUCAUACUGACAGCUGAUGGCCCCUGCCUGGUGGAGGUUCGCUGUGUGAAAGAACCUUGGGUGAAUUGCCGAUGUCAAGGUGGGGAUGGGUUUUGGAUGCCCUUGACACAACGCAUGGCUGGCUACAGCCAGGUGGACGUGUGCACCUGGGCGUACUUGGACCCUUCGGCCUUUGCAGAAGUCCCCGACGUGCCGCCUUCCGCAUGCCACGUGGCGGCGGAGGUGGUGCACCUCAUCAGUCAUCAGAACGGGCGCGUGAAGGCCAUGCCGGGCUUAGAGGUUUUGAGGAAUUUUUCAUCCUUCAUGGAUGUGGUGAUGAAUGUACAGUUGGACGAAUGCAUUAAGAAGUCCACUGAGACUUGGACUGAACAUAGUGAGAUAAACCACCUGGUUUUUGGGCUACCGGGGUAG